AUGGGCAGGGAGGCCCAGAUGCCCCUUGCCCCCGGCAAGGGAGGGGGCCUGCUCCUGCGCUGGAGCGAAGUGCCCCCCAGCAUGACGGAGAGCUUCAUCCUGAGCGGCUACCGCUGCCCAGGCUACACCUUUGCCCAGUGCCUGGUCUCGGCCUUCCGGCCCACCAACGAGACAGGCAACUUCUGGACGCACUUCCUGGCCGUCUUUGUCUUCGCCUUCCACUUCCUGGAGCAGUUCUGGGGCGAGGGCCCCAUGGUGCCCGCAGGCCCGCUGGACCCCUUCUACUACCCGCUCUGGAGCUACUUCCUGGGGGUCUGUGGCCUGCUGGUGGCGAGCAGCAUGGCGCACCUCUUCAACUCCAUGUCGCUGGUCAUCCGCGAGAUCUGCUUCUACAUCGACUACGGCACCAUCAGCGCCUACACGGUGGGCUCCUCCUUGGCCUACUUCUACUACAUCCACCCCAGGGGAGGCGGAGGAUCUCCACCACCACCGUUACCGGGCACCGGCAACAACGUCUCCUCUCCGAGUGCCUGGCCCAGCUGGGAGGGUGCUGGCUGGCUCUCUGCCCUGGCGGGCCAGGUGGGCACGUGGUUUGAGGCCCUCUACGUGCCCAGCGCUUGCCUGAUCGCUCUCUUCUGCACCCUGGCCUGCUGCAGCACCCGCCACCAGUGGCCUCGCUACCGCUACCUCAUCCGCACACUCGUCUUCCUGCUGCCCUUUGGGGUGGUCUCCAUCCCCGUCUUCCGCAAGCUGUGGUGGGGUGGGGGCGGCGCCGCCGGCGGGCAUGGGACAGGCCGCUUCUUCCUGCGCCACUGCUUCUGGCUCCUGGCCUCCGGGAUCUUCAACGUCAGCAAGAUCCCCGAGCGCUUCAGCCCGGGGAAGUUCGACAUCUGGGGCCACAGCCACCAGUGGUUCCACUGCUGCACCUUCAUGAGCAUCCUGGACGAGCUGCACAUGAUCCGAGGGGAGAUCCGUGAGCUGGGCGCCGGGCUGCCUCUCCUGCCCAGGGCUCCCACUUUUCUCUCCACCUUUGGCGUGAUGCUGCUGCUGUUGACUCUGCUCGCCAGCAUCGUGGGCUGGUUCGGGCUCAGGGCUUACGCCAGCCACCAGCGGAGCAAGGCCAGGAAAGGGGACUGA